AUUUUGUGAAUCUGUUACACGAACUUAGUAAUGAUAAACAAAAAGAACAGAUAAUACAACGUGCGUCAACCUGUCAACCAGGACAUUCAUAGGACUUUUCAAAAAUUGAAUGAUCGUAUUAUUUCGGCUACAGAAUUAAGUCUUUUUUACUCAAUGGCAAAUCUUAGUGGUGAAAUUGAAAGAUUAACGGCUGAAUUGGCACAAGAAAAGGCAACAAGAGAUAGUUUGGAACAAUUGACCAACGAAAUUGAGAUUAGCACAACUGAAUUAGAAAAUCAACUACUUGAUGAUAGUGAUGAUGCGGAUAAUGAAUGGAAAUUAAGAUACGAGGAGCAGUUUAAAAUUAAUUCAGAACUAAAAAAUCAACUAGCAUUUAUGAAUGAGAAAAUCAAAGAACUGACAAAACUUGAUGAAAAUGAAUCAGAGUUGAAACAAUCGAAGCUGAAUGAUACUGAUUUGCGAAAUAUGUUAAAGCUACUUGAACGUGAAAAACGUCAACUAGAGGGAAACUUGAAAGAUCUGGAAUGGAAGCUUGACUCAGAGUCUCAGGAUUUGUUCAGAUUAAACGAAGGGAAGAAAAAAUAUAAACUGGAGCUUAAUCAGGCUGCGAUGGCUGUAGAUGAAGCGAGAUUACAAGCGAAAACACCCGCCACUAUUGUGUCACCAAUUCCAGGUAUGAAAUUCAGCACGAGAAAAUCUGAACAUUCUCUGCGAAACAGGCAUUAUGGUAUCCCUGACAACCACCGUAUCUUGGAUCCCCGCAAAGGACCGGUUAAACGAACAGCUGCAGUAAAAACAUUACCAAAAUUACUAUCCAGCUAUAAAGAAUCGAAAGAAAAAGAAAAUCUAAAACCAAAGAACCGUAAGAUUAAAAGUUCUGAAGAAUUGAGUAAGAAUACGCCAGAAGUUAUUGAAACCAAUGGUUUUGACACUUCCUGAUUAGGUCACAUGAUAAAAACAAAGCUAAAAAUAAACAAACUUAAAAUAAAAUACUCUUUGUACAUUUGGAUUAUUAUUUUUUGAACUGUAUAUAGCUAUAUUUUUAGCCAAUCGGUCUUCUGUGUUUACUAAGAAUUUUUAAACUGAAACCGAUUCUUUGUUUACAUUUGUGCCUACCAUUUUUAAUUUUUAUAUUCUGCGAUGAUGUAACUUAUUGUUUACUAUAAAAUUAUUAUAAUAUAUUUCUGUUCUCCAUGGGAGAGUUUUUUAUACAAACUCUUUCUUUAUCAAACAUCUUUCCGGAACACAGAGAAUGAGUGCAGUUGUACGUUUUUAUUCUUUUAAAACUGGUUUCCAUAUUAAGUAAUAAAAGGUAUGCGUUUUCAUGUGCGCGUGUUCUUAAAUAUUUUAAUAAUUUAAUUCUUUUGUCGAAACCGUGUCAGCUUCUUAUAAAGCAAUGUGUCUGUGAUGAGUGAUGGGACGAUUAAAAUGACGUCACGUGUGGACACAGUAUUCUAACAUUUUAAUUGGCUCAUUUAAAUUUUCUUACUGGGCAUGCCCGUGGAAUCGGAAUAAUUAGCAUAAUUUUAUCGAAAGAAAUUCCUGAGCUGGAAAUAAAAGUCACAAGCCGGGACAAGAUCAGAUACACUUUGUAAGUACAUUUUAUAGUGCAGAGGGAAACUAAAAUCUACAUGGAAAACGACAAUAACAUGGAUGUUUUAGUACCACCACCGGCUCCAAAAAAGGUGCAUAUACGAAAAAUGAUAAAAGUCUCAUCUCGCGUGCGACGUAGAUUGGAUUUUGAUUUCGCGGAUUGCGCAGAACAAAUCGCAAAGAAAAAGUGCAUGGAAGUUGAAGAAGAAAAACAAAAGGAGAAAAAAGAAAACAAUCAGAGGAUUACGAUGAACUCUAGAUAUUUUCGACCAAUAAUAGUACCACCAGGCGUUUCAUCACCAUGGAUUGAAAGGUCCACUGGUUGGACAAUAGAGUUUGAUGAUAACAAAAAUCAAAACGAAGUUAUGGAUACCAGAGCUUUAUCGGAAAAGAACAUUUAUAAAACUCCCGAGAGGAAAUAAUGUGCAUGUAUUGACGACAUCACCGUCCUGAACGUACAUUGAAAUACGCGAGAACAUGCAAAUACACUUUCGUUUUCCCGUUUCCUCGAAAAACAAAGCAGGUGUUCUUAUAGACAUUCCACUUCUACCGAAAAACGUUUGCGGUAAAUAAAUCUACUGGUAUCCAGUAAAGUUAAUAUAUAUUUUUAAAUUUAUUUUAUUCAAUUCAAAUUACGUGAUAUUUUCAACCUUUUUACAUGGUGUGUGAAGGCUUUACUAGGGUUGAAGGCUUUAAAAGGGAUGCAUUUGUUUCGUGAAUAUAUUUAAGGUGAAUACCGUAUUAUGAGUCUUACUUCUCGUUAAGUUGUUUGGAAGUAGCUAAUUCCGAUACUGUGACGGUAAAAACUCGCAAGCUCUAUCAACUUUGACUCAGAGUCACUCUUCCUCCUUAUAUUCAUGUAGCUUUUCAAACUUUGCCAGGGAGUUAUUUUUUUGUCAACAGUUAAGUGCAAUGGUUUGUAGCUUAUAUCCAACCUCAUUACCAAGGUCUUUUGAAUCUGAGAAUCCUGACGGCGCCGACCCGUAGACGUAUCCAGAAAGGAGGUCUGGGAACGAGGAUGGUUAAUAUGUUAUUUUUGUAAUAUACUGAAUUGUAGCAUAGAUAAAUUAUAUUUUAAUAAAUUUAUUGUUCUAACAAAAA